CGCUUUGAUGCUUCUCACUUUCUGUCAUUCAUUCUUUGGUUGUAUUACGUAAGUGGUUCUCAAUAAUAGGUUAGGUUGCAAGUUUCGCACUUAUCAUCAUCACCUUCUUCUGCUCCCAGCUUGCUCUGGAGUAUCCGUGAACAAUAACUACUUACUUACUUAAAGGGUAGCUCUUUCCUCCAAACAAUUUCACUCUUUUUGUAGGACUUUUUCCUGGUGUCUCAAUUGGUCAGUGCAACUGGGACACAAAAAAAUACAAUUGUUCAGCAGUUCAUUAAUUUGAACAAGCCCCUCAUGCACGAUCAAACCUCAUUUUGAUAAUACCCAUGACCAAGUAACUCUGCGAGUGUGUUGUUGGAUUGUUGUACACCACUGGAACCAGUGAUUGGUUACAUACGUGAGACUAGUGCAGUGGUAUUGCUGAAAUAAUAUCUUGGUGUAGGCACGAUUUUCUGUCGAUUCGCUUCUUGAACGAUAAAGCCGUAAAAUUAUAAGAAGAAACUUAAUACGUAGGUUUGAUAGGCUGCAUUUGUUGCCUGGGACAAGCCAGCCAUCACAUUCUGUCGAAGGGAGUUUGGAAUAAGAAGGAAAGUACUGGAACCACGAGCACAGACCAUCGUCGGCUUUUGACCAGAAGUGGUCAAUUCUUAGACUGGACUUGUGUAUUCAUCGGCCUGGAAGGACGCCAACAUUUAAUAACAUGAAGUCUCUAAUUUGGACACUUUUGGUCGUGUUGGCCAUCGGCUGGAGUGCUGAUGAUGUGCAAUGUCGAAGCAUUGAUGCGUCUGCAUCACCAUCUUCAAGUGCCAUUCCAAUUGACGUAGAAGAACAAAAUACCUCAUCCUCCAUUGACGCUGCUGUGGACGUAGCUGCUGAAAUUCUAACCGUGGAAGUAAUUGGUGAUGCUGUGGACAAAACCUUAGAAUCCGAAGUUGAAUCCCAAGCGAAAGCUAAAAAAGAAGCUAUUGCUCAAAUUAUGAAACUUGGAGAGACGGAAGCGAUCAAAGAAAUUGUUGAUGAUGCAAAGCGUACGACUGGUGGUGGACUGGCACCCGCAGACCAAAAAGCGGCUUCAGAAGCUGUGAAUUCAGAAAUCCAGAUAGUAAAAACCAUCAGCGACACAGUUGACAAAUCACUCGAAUCUGAGGUACAAUCCCAAGCGAACGCCAAAGAGCAAGCUAUCGCUCAAAUUAUGAAACUGGCUGAAACGGAAGCAAUCAAAGGUAUUUUGAGUGAUGCUUCUAAAUUGGGAAACAUGAGACCAGCUCCACCCACCUCCAAUCUCAACAUUCCCAUCCCCACCCUAGACUUUGAAACUGGUUCCGGGGACAACGACAAUGAAAUUUCUGGAACACGAGACAAGAGAACGGUUGCUCAAAUCAGUCGCUAUGCUACAUGCCUUUUCACCAUUCUGGUCAAUCCCAACUGCUUCUCGGAAAUCCGAUCCAGCGGGGGAGGAGGUGGUGGGGUAGCCCGCGCUGGAGGUUUGUUUGGUGGCCUUCUUGGGGGUGGGGCAGGUGGGCGAUCUGGAUCCUCAAGAUCGUCGUCGAGGCAGGAAGCCUACAAUCGGCAGUUGAGGCAGUGGAUGGAAUAUCAAAAGCGUCAAAUUGCUAAAUUGAACGCUACUGAGGGAGGAAACUAUACGACGCCAUUUCCCAUUCUUCCCCCAUCCCCUCCUCCACCAGGAGAUGAUGAAGAUACGACGCAAAGACCUCAAGGAUUCAUCGGCCGAUUUAUUCAGUGGAAGUUGAAUUUAAUUCCAACACUGUUCAGGACAGCAAGAUCUCUCUUUUCCUCCAUCCUUCCCUUCAUCCAGAAUCUUGGAGGUGGUGGAGGUGGAGGAGGUGGAGGACUGGCCGGACUGUUUGCUGGCCUUGGAGGCGGUGGUGGUGGGGGUGGUUCAUUUGGUGGAAGUGGUGGCAGUUAUGGGGACUCGGUAUCCAGUUAUCGACCUUCUUCAGGCUCUUCCUCCUCCUCCUCCUCUUUGGGUUCUGGAAGUAGCGACUCUGGCAGUGGUUCGUCAGGCGCAUCUGCUGCCGAAACCUCCACUUACAGGAUUUCCCUGGGUUAAAUAUUCCUAAUUGAUUAAAAUUAUUAGACUUAUCGUCUGAACAGAGCUGUGCUAAUUAAUUAAAAUAUAGUUAGAUAGUCGCCAAUUAGCAAAUAGUAAACUAAUUGAUAAUUUUACUAGUUAAUUUGACAUUUUAAAAUACUAAUUACCUUCUAAAUGACUAAUUUUAAAUUGAAUUCAAUUAGAUUUCUUAGCUACACUAGAUCUAAUAAUAAUGGAGGGUAUUCAUUUGUGACAUAUUUAGACAAAUCCGAGAUAAGAAAAUUCCUAUUAUUUUAAGUAAUUUUCAUAACAUGUUAGUUACAUGUAAUUCAUAAGCACCACAAGUUUGGAGUAUUUUAGGCUAUUUUCUUGUAAUUAACUCUGGUUAAAGUUAGAUAAAAGUUUAAUUUAAUAAAUGUAAAUUCAAUUUUCAACUCAAAUUUGUAUCUAUAAACGAAGAACUUAUCUAUAACUGUGAGCAGUUCAAUACGAAUGUGAAAUAUGGAAGGAAAAUUACCAAAGUAUACAACGUUUGACUAAUUUAACAAAUCAACUUUAACUAGCCAACAAAUCGGUAUUCGAAUUUAAGUAGCCGGUAUAUGUCUGUAAUUCUGAUUGAUUAAAAGAACUGCUGUGUAGCUUAUGCAUAUAAUUAUAUUUAUGCUACAUACAUGAGUUAUAGGGCAUAAUUAAAUCAGUCAAUCUAGAAUUUUUUCAUCUCUUGACACUUUCUGCACAGAGACGUUUUGACAAAGUUUUCCUUGAACAAGAAGCCUCAUCAUGAGGAUGUUGUGAUACACGAUCAUUAAAUUAUAUGCAUUACUAGACAAAGACACGUAACACAUAAGAAAUAAAGAGGACUUAUUUUAUUUUAUGUUAAAAAUUGGUGCUUUUAGAUAAUAGUGUUACGUAAAAUGUAAUUGUUUGUUGUGCGGAAUGUUAAAAAAUGAGAUAAAUAAAUAAAUACACGAUAAUGGAUCUGGA